CCUCACUCGACUGGGUCCCCGCGCGGCGCCAUCUCCCAUCAUUUCAUUCCGACCUCCCUCCAAUUUAUUUUUGUUCCUCUCGAUUCUUCUGCCGCGCUGAGCCGGGCGGUGCGGCGCUGUUCGUUCGUUCGUUCGUUCGUUCGAGGGCUGGGACGGCGCGGGGGCGGUGGCGGUGAGCAGGAAGCGGAGGAGGAGAGAGAUAGAAUGCUCCCGCGGCACCGGUAGCCACCUUCUCCCCGGGUCAGCACGGCGGGGGGCGGGCAGGAGGGCGGCCGAGGAAGCGGCGGCCCCGGUUCUUCGGGUCAGGGGGCUUGGAUGCAGAGAAGUGAGGGACAAGCCCGGAAGGCGGCACUCGCCGAGUCCAUAGCGGCAAUCUCUGAGGUCAUGUCGACAAUGGCCUCCGCCGAUGUCGGCCAAGAGAAGUUCAUGGAUGCAGGCAGCCGUCUUCAGCGCGUGCCCCCGGCGACAUUGGAGGUGCAGAGGGUGCAGAAUUCCCCGACCAACGUGAUGCACAUAGCCGAAUAUCUAGCUGCCAAUGUCGACCUCGCCAAGGACCUCGUCGCUAGGUGCAGCGCCGUCGCGCAGCAGCUCAUGGAUGAAGACCUCCAGAGCAUAACCGAGGACCUUGAAAAUGUGAUAAAGAACAUCGGUCAUGAGCUCGGCCGGAUACCCGCUUCAGCAUUUGGUAGCAACAGGUGUGCGGAUGCAGCAGCCGGCACGCACCUUCAGGUCACUGCAAACGGGCAGCAUCCUAAUGAUCAGCGUUCCUGUGAUGGCUAUUCUGAGGGCGACAUGACGAUAGUUGUGGCAAAUGAUAGGCCCAAGAGAAGAGCACUGCACGACGGCGACAUGCCAAGGUUGGUAGACUUCCUGCAGGGAAUGUACCAUGAGUCUCACGAGUUCGGUGGGCAGUCGUUCAGUUCACUCCCUGAAGUCGCAGAGUAUGUUGAGCCGCUGUAUGAUUCUUUCUUCUGCCCACUCACAAAUAAGGUCAUGGUCGAUCCCGUGACUACCGAAAGCGGAGUAACAUAUGACAGGAGAACCAUUGAGGAGUACUUUGACAGUUUAACGGAUGAUUCUGAACCUGUGAUCUGCCCGGUUACGAAAAUUGCGAUGCAGAGCAAGACUCUGAGGACUAAUGUUCCACUCAAGAGCACAAUCGCGGAAUGGAUUAUGAGGAAUGAAGCAACACGGAUCAGAAUCGCACGUACUGCUCUCUCACUGGCAAGGACGGAGGCUAUGAUACUUGAAGCCAUACAUGAGCUGAAGCUGCUUGCCAGGACGAGGAGAAAGAACAGGGAGCAGAUGCACAAGAUUGGCAUAACCAAGUUCCUUGCACGUCUGUUAGAGCACAAGGAUGCACUGAUACGCUGUGACUCACUGGAGCUCCUCUGCCUGCUGGUCGAAGAUGAGCCAGGAAAGGAAAUCAUAGCAAAAACCAGGGCUGUCUCAAGGACAAUAAAGCUGCUUUCUAGUAGUAGUUCGGAUGAAAGACAUGCAGCUAUCUGUUUCUUGCUAGAGCUUUCAAAAUCAGAGUUACUGUUAGAAAACAUCGGGUCAACUGCUGGAAGCAUAUUAAUUCUGAUCACGAUGAAAUUCAACAACUCCGAUGAUCCGAUUACUUCAGAGAAGGCCGGAGAGGUCCUCCAGAACCUGGAGAAAUGCCCAAAGAAUAUCAAGUACAUGGCUGAAAGUGGCUACUUGGACCCUCUCCAAAGGCAUCUCGUUGAAGGGUCGGAAGAUGUGCAGAUGGAGAUGGUGGGUUACCUCGGCGAACUAGUUCAGAAGCAGGAGAUGACCAUCAACAUUGCCGGGAGCGCAUCGGAGAUACUUAUCAAGAUGGUGCACAGCGGCAAUGCUAGUAUCUGCAAGGCGGCGCUUGAUGUCCUGGUCCAAAUAUCUUCUCACCAGCCCAACGGCAAGACACUUGUGGACGCAGGCGCUGUUCCAGUCAUGGUUGAGGCGCUCUUCAUCCGAAAAAUCGAUGAUGAGCCCAUGGGAUCCAAAACCGAGGCUGCAGCAGUACUUGCCAACAUCGUCAAAUCUGGCAUGAACCCAGAGGCCAUUGUUGUCAACAAGGAAGGUCAUGUUAUCACCUCCAAGUACUCGGUUUACAACUUCGCACACAUGCUCAGGUGCUCCAUGCCCGACGAUCUCAACCUCAACAUUUUGCGCGUGCUGCUCGCGCUCACCGCGCUCCCCAAGCCGCUCGCCACGGUGGUCUCAGUCAUGAAGGAGCAAGAUAGCAGCCAGACCGUGAUCGAGUUCAUGGGUUCACCUAGCGAGGCGCUUGGCAUUGCUGCGACAAAGCUGCUCACUGCAUUGUCCCCACAGAUGGGGCACACCAUUGCCGAGAAGCUGUGCAAGGUGCCUGGGCAGCUGGGCAGGCUGAUCAGGAGCAUCAGCCAGUUGGGGCGGAUCACAGAGCGGCAUGCCGUUUCUGCGACGCUCCUGUCAAAGCUGCCCUAUCAGCAUCUGACACUCAACCUCGCGCUGCUGCACCAGAACGCAGUACCGACCAUGCUGGCCAAGAUAGAGGAGAUGCAGCGUGGCGGGAUGCGGGCGAGCCGCCAUGCGAAGCCAUACUUGGAGGGCCUCGUGGGCUCGCUCGUCCGGCUAACAACGACGCUGCACGAUCAGGAUGUGCUCAUGGCAGCCAUGGACCAUAACUUCACCUCGGUGCUCACCGAUCUGCUGGUCCGGUCGUCAGGCAGCGAUGAGGUGCAGCGGCUCGCGGCGGUCGGCCUCGAGAACCUCAGCCAGCAGUCAGCGAACCGCUCGAAGCCUCCGUCAGAGGAACAGCAGCCCAAGAAGAACAUUCUCCGGCGCCUGCGCACCGGCCGGGUGCACGACAACCAGAAACCACCUGCACACGGCCGUCUCUGCCCCGUGCACCGUGGUGUGUGCUCUCCGGCUGCCACGUUUUGCCUGGUGGAGGCCGGCACGGUCGAGUGCCUCCUCGGCGUCCUGGAGAGCAACGAGAACAGCCAUGUGGUCGAGGCCGCGCUGGGCGCGCUCUGCACGCUCAUGGACGAAGGCGUGGACGUGGUGGGCGGCGUGGCUGUGCUCACAGAGCACGACACGCCGCGGCAUAUUCUGCGACUCGUGCGGCAGCACCGCAACGACGAGCAGGGCAGCGGCGCGGUGCUGCGGCGGUGCUUCUGGGCCCUGGAGAGCUUCCUCGAGAACGGCGGCGACCGGUGCGUCAAGGAGGUGACCUCGGACCGCGCCCUGCCGAGCGCGCUGGUUGGCGCCUUCCACAAGGGCGACACCGCCACCAAGCAGGUCGCCGAGAGCGUGCUCCGGAGCCUGCACCGGAUGCCGGACUACUCGGCCACCUACAUGUCCGUCGAGCUGUAGCAAAACAUCCCUUUGCCGUCUUCUUGGCUUCAUACCAUCCAUCAGCUGGUGCAUUGUUUUGGUGUAACUAGAUUACAAAGAGAAAACGAGGUAAAAAGGAGUUUCUGCAGAUGCAAUGUAACUAAAGUGUCAUAGUGGGUAUGGAUAUGUAUAGUUUUUCCUUCUUGUUUUGUCUUCUUAGGGUGUAAUUAAGGCUAGGCUUUGAUGAUAUUCGUUAACAUAAGAUUGUCUUGGUUGGUUUGGGUUUUUCUCUGAAAAGAUGUACUGCAAAAUUGUAUGUAUCCAGCACAAGUUGCGGGACUCAUUUGAGAUAUUUUUCAGAUAGAUGCGGUUUGAGAUAUUGUGCUCA